AUGGAGCUGGGAAAGUAUUAUGUGAAGCAACAGCAGCUGGACUAUGGGAAAGGAUGCUAUGAGUGGGCUCUGCUUCUGGCAAUCAAUGCUAACUUGUUAGAGUAUGAGCUCAGUGUAACACGAUGUCUGUGUCGUCUGUAUGAGUGUAAGGUUCCAAACCAGGUUCAGUGGAUCAUCUACAGUCAGCACCAAGUCCAGCUGCUGAGACGCACCGGAUACAGAGAACAGGAGGGAGAAGCACUGGAAGCAAUCAGCCAGAUCUACCUUUCUAUUGGCACAGAACAGGCGUACCGAGCUGCUCUUGACUACACCAAGACCAGUCUGGGUAUUUUCAUUGACCUGGGCUGCAAGGAGAAGGAAGCAUAUGGCUGGCUACAAGCCGGGAAGAUCUACCAGCUGCUGGGCCAGAUUGAACUGGUGGACAUUUAUGUUCAGGCAGCUCAGGAUGUAGCUUUGAGCACAGGAGACACAAGCUUUAUCUUGAAGCUUCUUGAAACCGCAGGAGACAUUUUCUUCGACAGCUGCCGGGACAGAGACAAGGCUGUCAUCUUCUACAGGGACCGUGCUCUGCCAAUCGCAGUGAAGAGCAGCAGCCUUCACAGUAGACUGAGGUUGUGCAAUAAGCUCACUGAAGUGAUGUUCUGUCUCAAGCUGUAUGGGGAAGCAGUGGAGUUUGCUCACGUUGCAGCUGACAUCAGUAAGAGUCUGGAAACAGCGGGUAGGAUGGUUUGUCAGAUCUACCAGCUGCUGGGCCAGAUUGAACUGGUGGACAUUUAUGUUCAGGCAGCUCAGGAUGUAGCUUUGAGCACAGGAGACACAAGCUUUAUCUUGAAGCUUCUUGAAACCGCAGGAGACAUUUUCUUCGACAGCUGCCGGGACAGAGACAAGGCUGUCAUCUUCUACAGGGACCGUGCUCUGCCAAUCGCAGUGAAGAGCAGCAGCCUUCACAGUAGACUGAGGUUGUGCAAUAAGCUCACUGAAGUGAUGUUCUGUCUCAAGCUGUAUGGGGAAGCAGUGGAGUUUGCUCACGUUGCAGCUGACAUCAGUAAGAGUCUGGGUGAGCGUCUGAAUGAGCGAGUGGCGUGCCACCGUCUGGGCUCACUGUACCACUGUCUGAAACAGUAUGAACUGGCUGAGCACUAUUACCUGAAGACCCUGACCCUCUGCCCAACACCUCUGCAGUUCGAUGAGGAGCCACUGUAUUACGUGAGGCUGUACCAAACACUGGGAGACAUUAUAUUCACUGAUCUGAAGGACCCUUUUGAUGCUGCUGGAUACUACCACUUAGCUCUCGCUGCAGCCAUGGAUCUGGGCAACAAAAAGUCUCAGUUGCAGCUGUGCACCCAACUCGCCACCAUCUACCACAACUUCAUAAUAGACCGGGAGCGCUCGCUCUUCUUUUAUCAAAAGGCACGAGGAUUUGCUGCAGAGCUGAACGCAAAGAGGAUAAAUAUUUCACCAGGCCAGCAGUACAGCAGCGCACAAUACAAGAAUAUAGGACAGUAGGAGGGACACUGCAUGAAGACAGGAGAUGUUAUUUGUUGGUACAGCGUAGACAUGAAGCAACGUUUCACACUGAAAUCACAAGUUUCACAGUUUUGUUUUCCAACAUGAUGAUAAAGUCAAUAAUUCCAGAGAAAAAACUGAUUUUUUUCAGCAGUUUAAAUAAUAAAACGUCAUAACUCUGAGCCACCGUUGCUGUAAGAC